CUGAUGAAAGUCAAAAUUGGGAAGCUAUGGGUCAUUUUCAGCUGAUGAAUAAAAGUAGUGAAGAACUGUGAAUACAUGGUAAUUAACUAGGAUAGGUCUUCUGGAGUAAUUCUGUGGUUUGAUGUUUUUUUAUAUGUUGUAGUGAAAACCUGAAUAGGUAUUCCAGAAUAAGAUUAUAUAUAUGCCUAUGCAGUGAGUUACUUGUAAAAGCAAUGGAUUAAAUUUCCAUUGGAUGAAUUCUAAGGGAAGGGUCAAAGUGGAUAGUGAAUACAAAGCAGUGUGAGUAAAAGCUGGGAAAAAUUGACUUUAGGAAUUGAAUUUCUAAUGCGGGAAUAAAUCUAACACUGUGGGUUAAGUGGUAUGAUGUAUAUAGGCUGGAAAUACUUGUAGAGCAGUGGUAAGCAAUAAAAACCCACUUUCUAACAAGAAUCUGUUUGAAUUUAAUUCUUAGGUCAGAAGGAGGAGAGAAAGAAGAGGUGGUAUUAGUUUUGGACGUUUUUUGUUUUGUUUGCUGUUUUUGUUUUUUUCCCCCCCCAGUCUUUUUAGUAACUGAGUUAGUAAGAUUUUCCUGAGAUUCAAAACAUCCUGUGAUGACUCUUUUUACUUGUUGAUACAGUUUUAUUGCAUGAGGUACUUUGUGACCUCUCCAUGGAUUUGUCAGCUACCUAAAAAUAUUUAGAAUUUCUGGUGUUAAGUAGGAUGCUAUAAAAAGCGCAUGGAUUUUUUUUUCUUAAUGGCUGAAAACAGCAUUUCUCCUUCAGUGUAUAUACCUGUAAUUUUGACUAUUUUUCUCACAAAGCAGAAAUAAUUUGAUGAAUUACAAAUAUAAAUUAAUCUAAUGACUUUUUUUUUUAAUCUGUAAAGUAACUGUAAAGCACUCACAAUGGGCUCUAGGGUCAGUUCUAGCUUCUUGAACUUGUUGCUGAUGCUUGUUCUUACAGAUUGAUCACUUUGGAUUUGAUGAAAAUCGUACGUUCCAGCAGCGGUACCUGGUAGCAGAUCAGUACUGGAAGAAGGACAAUGGACCAAUACUGUUUUAUACAGGCAAUGAAGGAGACAUCGAGUGGUUCUGCAACAGCACGGGUUUUAUGUGGGAUGUGGCUGAAGAACUUAAUGCCAUGUUGGUAUUUGCUGAACAUAGAUAUUAUGGAAAAUCUUUACCCUUUGGGAAUGAAUCUUUCAGUGAUUCCAAGCAUCUCAAUUACCUGACAUCAGAACAAGCUCUGGCAGACUUUGCAGUACUUGUUGAGUACUUAAAGAUGACCAUUGCAGGGGCCCGGCACAGUCCAGUCAUAGCUAUUGGAGGGUCUUAUGGAGGAAUGCUUGCAGCCUGGUUUAGGAUGAAGUAUCCCCAUGUGGUGGUUGGAGCUCUGGCAGCCUCUGCCCCGAUCUGGCAGUUUGGUGAUUUGGUUCCAUGUGGCACGUUUUUCAGCAUAGUGACCAAUGACUUCAAAAAGAGUGGUGUGGGCUGCUCAGAGAGUAUCCGUAAUUCCUGGAAUGCUAUUAAUCACCUUUCCUCUACAGAUGCAGGUUUGCAGUGGCUUUCCAGCACAUUUCAUUUGUGCAGCCCCUUAAAAACUCUUCAGGAUGCUGCUGUAUUGAAAAAUUGGCUGAGUGAAACAUGGGUAAACUUGGCUAUGGUGAAUUAUCCCUAUAAAGCUGACUUCUUGCAGCCUCUGCCAGCUUGGCCUAUACAGGAAGUCUGCAAAUUCUUGAAGGAUCCCAGUGUCUCUGACAAAUUGUUGCUGCAGAAUGUUUUCCAAGCAGUAAAUUUAUAUUACAAUUAUACAGGAGAAACCUCAUGUUUAGAUGUGUCACAGACUGCAACGAAGAGUCUGGGCGAAAUGGGUUGGUACUACCAGACUUGCACUGAGAUGGUGAUGCCCUUAUGCACAGAUGGUGUCCAUGACAUGUUUGAGCCUCAAAAGUGGGACUUCGAUGCACUUUCAGAAGAGUGUUACAGGAUGUGGGGCGUGAGGCCUCGCCUCUCUUGGAUUCUUUCUAUGUAUGGAGGAAAAAACAUCAGUUCACACAGCAAUAUCAUCUUCAGCAAUGGUGGCCUGGAUCCGUGGUCUGCAGGUGGGGUGACCCAGAACAUCACCAAUUCCCUCGUGGCAGUUGUGAUGCCAGAGGGAGCCCAUCACCUGGACCUACGCAGCCGUAACGCUUUGGACCCCAAGUCAGUACAGCAAGCUCGAGCCAUGGAGAUCUGCCUCAUGAAGGAGUGGAUUGCAAAGGCCAGGCACAGCCACUGAAGUGGUACUGCAACAACUGUGGCCAUUACACCUCUCUUGGCUUUGUUGGGAGUAGGGCCAGGCCUUGUGAUUUGGUCACUGGAACAUUUCCCUCCUGCUUCCUCACCUGCACAGCAGUGGUCACCAUUGCUUGUGUCCACAAGAGAGGCAGGCAGCAGAUGGAUGGAGAGCAUUCUCAGAUGAUAAACUUCAGUCAAAGUGCAUGGAUUGAGCUGCCUGCUCUGGUUUCCUUUUCCCUUCUGCUCUUCUCAAAUGCUGUACUUUACUACACAGUAAUGGGUUCCUAUUCUAGGCUUGUUGCCCUUCUCACUGUGCUGAGUGAUUGUUCCAACUGCUAGUGUAUCCCACAGUGGAUUACAUGGGAGUGCUGUUGAUGGUGAAACUCCUGUUGCCUCCAGUGUGAUUGAAUAUCAGACAUCCUCUGCUGUGGAGGUGUGGGAACAGAAAUCACAUCUUACUGUGAUGUCUGGUGGAAAGGUAGGGAAGGCUUGGGGGAAUUGGCUGUGCUGUUUGUAAGGAAACAAAACUGCCCCUUACCCUUUGGAAUGAGUGUUGGAAAAUAAAUAUACAACUUUGUUCCUACUUAAUUUUCCAGGAGCUUAUUAGUCAGUGGACUUUUGUAUUCUGUGCUGUACUGAAUGGUCAGGGCUGGGCCCAGACUCACUCUGCUGAUAACUGGCUGAGCAUGCAGAAUCUGCAUCAGGAUUUUAUUUCUUGUUUUUCUAUGAGUCCUAAUUCUGAGAUCUGUCACUGUGUAAUGAUGGUUACCAAGGAAAACUGAGUAUAUUUUGUUUGUAUAUAUGUGUGUGUCCCUCACAAACACUUAGCUUUUUAAAAUAAGGAAGCUUUUGAAGCUAUUCUCUUGAAGAGCAAAUGUGACAACUUGUGCUGGCUACAUCUUAUGAAGUGACAAAUAAUUGGGGCUGUGCCUUGUGUGGUUCUUCCCUCCCCUCCAUUCUGUGUAUUGUUCAAAUUCUGCAUGAUCUGUUUGCUGAUGACUCUUCAAUAAAAGCCUUU